UCACCGUUCGCGGUGCAUUAGGGGUUACAAAAUGGCUACCGUAUCUGCCAACCAAUGCUAACAAACAAGAUAUAAGUACAAACUCGUUACAUUUUAUUUCUCUAUUUUUCCAAAUCUUGCUAUAUCUGUGCAUAAACAUUUUCACACUUAUUUCCAGAAGCCAUGUCAACAAAAACAGAGUCCAGAGUGUCAAGCUCAAGUUCAAGAUCAGAAGAAAGGAGGAGAUCAAGCAGUAGAGGGCGUGAAAAAAGGAAACGAAAGCGAAGUCGUAGUAGAUCUUCAUCCUCUUCCAGUUCAUCCUCAUCAUCUUCCUCGUCAUCAGCAUCGUUUUCAUCAAGUUCAUCACACUCAUCCAGCUGCAGUCCAAGUAGCUCCAGUAGCAGUGAUUCCCGUGGCAAAUCCAGGAAGCAGUCUAAGAAAAGGAAAAAGGACAAACAACACAAAAAAAAGGGGAAGAAAGAAAAGCGGCAUAAACGAAAGAAAGACAAGAAAACUAAAGGAGAGGAGGACUCUGGACCUGUGCAGAUCUCGAAGUACCUGAAAGACAAGAAAAAGGGCAACUAUAGCAUGAUUUCAGGGAAGAAAAUUAAGAUGAAAGUCAAGAAAUCAAAAAAAGACAAACAGCGAGACAAAAAUCGAGCGGAACUAUUGGAGUUCCUGAACUCUACUCUGUGAUGUCACAGUGAACGUUGCUCAAGGUGUUGUCAGACCAGAACAGCAGUAAGAAACAACAACUUCAGAUCACAGUACAUCACAACUGAGGAUUGUUUGGGGAACGUGAUUACUUCACGUUGCAUCGACACACGGUGGCAGCACUGACCCAGCUGGAGAAGAAGUUUUUUGCGUCACAUUGGAAUGUGUCCUGUGCGCUUGUUUUGAGUUAUUCCAAUCAACAAAAGACUAUUUGAAAUGAGCUCAACUGCCAGAACAUGGACGUCUCAGCUAAGCAUGUGGUUAAUGUUGGGAUGCCUCUUUGAAGAACAAAUUACCAACAGACAGUUUAUCAAAGCUUAUCAAACACUGACAGUUCAACAAAUAUUUUUUUAUAAGUUGUAAUUUUAAUUAUUGUGAUGUGGCUAUCUACCACAACUGUACUUUUUGAAUUGGAAAGAAAGUCCAACAACAGAAAUGUAAAUUUUUCGUUCUUUCUUUCACCAAGUUUACCGUUACUCUCUGAUACAUUGAGGAUUCCUUACCGUAACCAUAGCACCAACAGUUGAAUGUGUAAACAGGAAGAUUUUCAUAACCUUUAUUAACUCAAUUUUAGACAUUACAGUCUCUCUCGAUUUCCACUGUCUAAACAAGGGAACAAAUGUGUUCUGUGUUCUAACAUGUCAAAUAUCAAUGUAACCGGUGUUCUUACUUCCAAACUGAUAUUUUUAGAAAUUUAACAAGACAGAGUUGCUAUAAACACCUCUUUGUAAAAUGUGAUAAGUGAAAAUUUUGUGUUGGAUUGUACCAAGUUUAGAAAAAGGACAAUAAAAUGCUGGAAAGAUUUAGAUGUAUGUCUAACGUGCCAAAACAAAUCCCUGUCGAUGUUUAGUGUAAUGUUUAUAAUUAUUAUAUUUUCAUCAGAACUGCGUUAUCUGUGGCGGGUAUUCAAUUUUGGCACAAAAGGUACUCGUGGUAAUGUCAAGUGUUGCGUAAAGCUCUUUACCGACGCUGCGUGUUAAAAUAAAGCAGAAACCUAAUGUGACUAGA